AUAAACGGAACUGUACCCAGAAAAGCACGACGCACUGACAGCGAUCGAGUUUGCAGUGGAACGGGCCUUCAACAUUUUAACUGCGCAACAAAUAUUUCGGAGCGAGUAUAGGGCUGAAAUUGUGAAGACUCAACCAUGUCUAUGACCGUCAAAGCCUAUCUCCUUGGGAAGGAGGAUGCGCCGAAAGAAAUUCGUCGCAUUGCUGUGGACCAAGAUGUUUCAACGAGUUUUGAGUAUCUGAAAAAAAAGGUUGAGGAUGUUUUCUCAACCCUGCGAAAUGUCACCUAUCAAAUGUUUUACAAAGAUGAAGACGGUGACAUGAUCGCCUUCUCCACUGAUGAUGAGCUCAUCAUGGGCCUCACCUGCAUCAAGGACUACACCUUCCGCCUCUUCAUCAAGGGUGAGUCUUGUGAUCAAAUCUAAUAGAUACAAAUGAAUAGAAUUGUUACUAAUGUGUAAUGUACUAAGUCAUCAUUACUGGAAUAACUUAGCAUUCUCAUUGUUACUGACACAUUUUAGUUCAUAAGUACACCCGCUAGACCCAUUGCUGACAGGUGUAUAAAAUUGAGCACAGUCAUGCAAUCUCAACAGACAAACAAUGGCAGGAGAAUGACCAUACUGAAUAGCUCAGUAACUCAAUGUGGCACUGUCAUAGGAUGCCACCUUUCCAACAAGUCAGUAUAUCAAAUAUCUGCCCUGCUAGAGCUGCACAGGUCAAUUAAGUGGUGUUAUUGUGAAGUGGAAAUGUCUAGGAGCAACAAUGGCUCAGCAGCGAAGUGGUAUGCCACAAGCUCACAGAACAGGACCGCUGAAUCACAUAAACGUCGUCUGUCCUGUUGCAACAUACUGCCGAGUUCCAAACUGCCUUUGGUAGCAAUGUCAGCACAAGAACUGUUUGCCGGGAGCUUCAUUAAAUGGGUUUCCAUGGCCGAGCAGCUGCAUACAAGCCUAAGAUUACCAAGCAUCAACUGGAGUGGUGUAAAGCUCGCCGCCAUUGGGACUCUGGAGCAGUAUAAUUUUUUUUCUUCUCUGGAGUGAUGAAUCACCUUUCACUUUCUGGCAAUCUGACAGAUGAAUCUUGGUUUGGCAGAUGCCAGCAGAACACUACCUGCCCGACUGCAUAAUGCCAAUUGUAAAGUUUGGUGGAAGAGAAAUAAUGGUCUGUGGCUGUUUUUCAUGGUUCAGGCUAGGCACCUUAGCUCCAGUGAAGGGAAAUGUUAAUGCUACAGCAUAUAAUGACAUUCUAGAUUAUUCUGUGCUUCCAACUUUGUGGUACAGUUUGGGGAAGGCCCUUUCCUAUUUCAGCAUGACAAUGCCCCCAUGCACAAAGUGAGGUCCAUACAGAAAUGGUUUGUUGAGAUCUGUGUGGAAGAACUUGACUGGCCUGCAGAGCUCUGACCUCAACCCCAUCAAACAUCUUUGGGAUAAAUUGGAACACUGACUUUGAGCCAGCCUAAUCACCCAACAGCAGUGCCCGACCUCACUAAUGCCCGUGGCUGAAUGGAAGCAAGUCCCCGCAGCAAUGUUCCAAUAUGUAGUGCAUGGAUCCUCAACUAGAUUCAGCCGUGCGCUGAUUUUGUUUUCUUGGGCGGUUGGCCAGGGGACCGAAAACACAACAUAAAUUGUAGCCUGCAACUUGACCGCAAGAAGCGCAAACAGAUAUGUUUGAAUAAAACAAUCUCAAUCCUUGCUUUACAUUUGUAUACGGUUGUGUCUCUUAUGCCUGGGAAUACUUGGAACAGAUUUUUUUUUUUACAUCCAACAAUGUAUAUUCCCCUCCCCAGAAACUACUUUUUAUAUAUUUUUUGCUCAGAACUUGGGGGGCCAAAUAAAAACCCCUGCGGUCCAAAUUCGGGUCGCCAGUUGGGUAACCCUGAUGUAGUAGAAAGCCUUCCAAGAAGAGUGUGGGGUGGGGGGCAACUUCAUAUUAAUGACUAUGAUUUUGGAAUGAGAUGUUCGAGUAGGUAUCUACAUACUUUUGGUCAUGUAGUGAACUUUCUUUUCUUUACAGAGAAGAAGGAGCAUAGGCGUGAAUUCCCUGCUUUUGCCUUCCCCGGGGGUGUCCCCCCUUUCGCCUUCCCCCCUCCCCCUGGAACACCUCAUAUGGGACAUCCCCCACCUCACGGUUCCCACGGCCACAAUGGUCAUGGCCACCAUGGUCAUGGGCCCCCCAUGGUGCACCCCAAUGUGACCUGUGACGAAUGUGAGGGCUCUGUGGCGGGGACCCGCUUCAAGUGCACAGUGUGCCCUGACUAUGACCUGUGCUCCACGUGCCAAGCCAAGGGGCUACACAAGGAGCACGUCCUCCUGCCCAUCUGGCACCCCUUCAACAACGCAUUUGAGUGGUUCCCUCGUGGGAAGUGGAUGAGGAAGAUGAGGCACUGCACGUGGGCUCAGGCCCAAAGCCAGGCCCAGCCUGGUCCCUCUGGGUCCCAGCCAGGCCAGGCAGCCCCAGGGGACAGACAGCCCUCUGAUGCCUCAUCUGCUGCCUCUCAGCAGUCCCAAGCCAAUAUGGAUUACCUGAAGAACAUUGGAGAAGGGGUGGCAGCCAUGCUUAGCCCACUGGGUAUCGAUGUGGAUAUUGAUGUAGAGCUGGAGGCAAAGAGGACCAAGGUGAUGACCCCCAAUCCGUCCCCACCUGGGUCAGGAGGCCCCCCCAGUGCUAGGAGCAACAACGGGACAGGGGUGUCCGAGGGAGAUGGGACUAAAGAGGGGGACAUGGAGGUGGACGGGCUUAGCAGCCUAGGGAGCGCGAGUGAUUUAGCUACGGGUGGUAAAGACCCAGGGGGCAGUGGUGACGAUGAGUGGACCCACCUGACCUCUAAGGAGGUGGAUCCCUCUACAGGUGAGCUCCAGUCUCUCAGGGUAGGCGAGGAGGGCUCUCUGGAAGCCCUGGGGUCCCCUACUGUCCCCCAGGGUCCCUCACAGGAACCACAGAAGUCCCUCACUCUCGCUGAGGCCGCAGCCUACCCCCACCUUCCUCAAGAUGCCGACCCACGCUUGGUGGAGUCCCUGUCCCAGAUGCUGGCCAUGGGCUUCACAGAUGAGGGUGGCUGGCUCACCCGCCUCCUCCACACUAAGGACUGCGACGUCGGGGCCGCCCUGGACACCAUCCAUUACUCCAAACCUGCCAAGAAGUAACGGGGCCCCAACACCGUACCCUGAGGGACACCUACAUCCCCCUAUGAUAGCCACUUCACCAAUACUGCCUUCUCUUCCGUCCCUCUCAUUCACACCUCUGGCACUUGCAGUUACUCACACAAUAAGUCUAUUAGAUCUGAAUAUAAUUCUUGUGAUUUUAAAUGUUAUGGUUGUACUGACAUUAUACUGUAAUUAAAAGGGUUUACUAGUCAAUAUUUAUCCAAAUGGAAAUGUAUAUUUCUAUAACCUUUGUUAAACUCUUUAAUGGGAUAUCAUUUAACUGAGUGUGUUAACAUACAUGGGUUCAUGUUAAAUUGGAUUGAUAAAAGCAGUAAAACAGUUAAUCUUAACUAACAUAUAAUUUCAGUGUUCACUCAAUAGCAAGUAUCAUCUAUUGAGUUUGAUUAAUCAAGUAACUGUUCUAUCAUGUAGAGUUAAUACCAGAAGUAAUACAUGUUCAUUACCAGUGUCAACAGAACCAGGUGUGAAUGAUUGUCUAACAUUGAAAACAUUUCUCCCCUUUCAAAACCAAAUAAAAUACUUCUGCAAAGAAA